UUGUGUAAAUAUCUACAGGACAAGUGACUUAUCAGUAUAAUCUUCUACAUUUAGUAUAUUGUUCGUUGUGUGUGAAUUGAUGCAGAAAUGUUGAGAGAAGUCACCUUGUACUGACGAAACACCUCAUUUGAAGUGAACUUACUCUUCCUAUCAUCGUGUUGCAUUUGGGAUAAAUCAGUUUCUCGACUAAUUCCAUGUGUUUUCUUUAGGGAAUUUCGUUGACGUUUAGCUCAGUUUCCUUGUGACGCAUUAUUUUCAUAUCCAUCUCGUUCCUAAACCAUCUCUAGUACGGAAACAAUAGAGCGCGGGAAAUCUUGAAAUGGCUUUGAACAGCGCGGGUGAGGAGGCACAGUCCCUAUCUUCCCUCGGGCUGUACGAGGCACAAUUCUUUGGUUUCACUCCUAAGACUUGCAUGUGGAGGGUACACAGCGCCUUCCAGGACUGCCUGAAUGAACUAUUGCUUAUUAUAGAAGAAGUGUUUGUAAGAAAGCUAAGCACCACUGAGCCCAGUGGAGAGCAACUACGUUCAACUGCAAGACAAUGCACCCAAAAGUUACAGAUUUUUCUUCAGGAACGCUUUAAAAGUCUUUCCGGUCGCAUGGAAACGUUUCUGGUCAACAAAGUCUUCUCAGUCCCCUCUAAUGUGUUAUUGCCUGAAGACCAGCCACACGAAAAGUACCCUCAAGGUUUAGAGGAGGUUCUUAAGCUGGAGUCUUCCUUGACAGACCUACAGCAGGCAUACCAGACAGAGCUGUGUGCCAGGCAGGCCUUGCUGGCUGAACUAGAUGAGCAGAGAGAUGUCCGAGAGCAACUAGAUGGAAUCCUGAAGUGGAUCGAAGAACUACAGGCUAUGUGGAUGCAAGAGGGAAUGGGAAGCUUUAACAGCAGCUUCCAUGGGAUGAUUCAGUCAGUCAGGAAACUGCAGACUGUUAUCGGGGAGAUCAGUAAGUAAAGCAAAGGACUGGAUGAGGACUGUUCAGUCGGAUGAGCCUGAAUGCAGAUGAAGACAGUGGUUUAUGUUGUUGCGUUACUAAGUGGGAUUGAAAUGGAUUUAAUUGUGAUUGAUCUUUACUCUGGAUGAAAAUAUGUAUAUCGAUAAAUGCAUUGUCUUCCUUAGUUAACUUUAUUUCCAUAGUUGCCACAAGAGGGAAGCAUUUCUUUGUUGCCAUCUCCACAAUUGACCAAGCAUUGCAUGUGUACAGUGAAUUAUUUGUCCUUUGUUCUGUAAUAUAAUUUCAGCUGAAUCAAUAUAAACAUUUAACUGUUGACUAAUUUUGAAUUAAUAAAAGUUCGAUUUUGUGA